AUUUCUUAGUUUAACUUUUAUUUUUUUGUCAUUUUCAGUGAGAUUUUUCCUAUGAGAUCCUAAGAAAAGCUUUAAUUUUUAAUUUUUUGAAAUCUACUGGGAGGCUCCCGAACUAAGAAAUUGCUGAGAAUGGAAUUUGUUAGGAAUUAGGAUGGUUUUAAAAUCUUCAUGAAUCUAUGUAAUUUUGCAUCAUGGACCAUUCUAAGGUAGGCUGAGGAGAUGAACUGUCUGAGUUCGCAGACUAUAAACACACGUCUGCAGUGACAGCUGAUGACAAUGAACUAAACUGGUUCAUUGUGCCAUAAAAAAUACUGUGGCCUCUUAUCCUGUAAAGAGUGCCAAAAUUGCUUUUGAUUAGGAAAGAGGUUCCUCUCUUCCAUAGCACGUUCCUUUCCCCCUCAAGAAGCAAGCAUCUACUUUAAUUUCCCUUUUCCUUUCCCUUUGAUGAAAGCAAGAUUCUACUUCUCCAUCACACUUGUCCAUGUGUCUGUACACUAGAUCUAAGUCAUUCAUUUUGUGGGCCUGAUGGUGGAUGGAGAGGAUAAUUAUCGGGGCAAAUGCGUAGAAAGAAAAUGAAAAGCUAGAAGAACAUAUGCAGUACUAGUACUAUGGAGCUUUCUACUUACAAUAGCCUUGUUAAAGUUAUUAGAGUUGCAGCUGGAAAGACACUGAGGAGCUAAAUUUCAGGAGAGAGAUCCCGAAGGAGGCGAUGGCAGGCUUUAGGGACGAUGAUGAUCGACGGCUCAGAAGAGGAGGAAAGGCUGUAAGUGCUUGGUCACAACACAUGAAGCAACAGAUAUGGGAUUGCUUGAGAGAUGAUGAGAUUUCAGUGUUCUCAGUCUGGGGAUGGAAUGGAGUGGGGAAGUCGAGAAUCAUGAGACAAGUGGUUGCAGAAGCGAUGGAGGAAUUCGAAGAAUCUAGCCGUUUGUUUGACAUCAUCAAACGAGUAAGAUUUCCAGGGUUUGAGAGUCUUGCAGAAAAGAUGCAGGCGGUGGAUAUUCAACCUUGGCACGUAUUUACAAAUAUGACAUGGGAUGCUUCGUUUGAAAAUUCUUUUAAGACUUGGUAUGCAAGGGAAAGAAGGAAUCGGUUGAUGGAGGUGCAGAUGGGAAUCCACGAGGCAUUGGAUAUCCCAAAGUCCAUGAACUUCUACACAGCUGCUAACAGAAUCUCAGAAAAGUUAAGCAGCAGGAAGUUCCUCUUCAUCUUUGAAGAUGUUUGGGAAAUUAUUUACGUGGAAGAGAUGGGAGUUCCAGUCCCUGAACGCACCAGCGGCAGCAAAGUCGUGAUCACGACUCGAUCCCAGGAAGUUUCUUCCAGAAUGGGAGCCCAAGUAAACAUCAUGCCUGAGGAGUUUUCUGAAGAAGAUGCCUGGGAUUUUUUACAGGAAGAGGCGACUGACGUGGCUACCAGCAUUGGUUUCUCAACCGGAGACAUGGUCUUGAAAUGCUUCUCUUAUGUAUCUUUGUUCUGUCAAAACGAAGGCGUCAUCAACGGAGAUACUUUGAUAGAAGAGUAUUGGAGAUCGGAGGGAUUUAUUGAUGAAUCCUUCAACGAAGAGGAAAAUAAAGAAGCGACUUUCAAGAGAAUGGGGAAUGUUAUGCUCAAAGAGCUUGUGAAGAGAUGCAUGCUACAAGUGUCCUUGGCGUCAUCAAACAAGAAAGACAUGUUUUCCAUUCUAAGGAGCCAACGAUUCAAUGAUAAGGAAUACCAUGAGUACAUAUUUCAAGGUGUGUCAGCGUUAUAUACGGAAUGGGUACAGGAGCAAAUUACGAUGGAGGGAUCUUCAGGAGGACACUAUCACGUGUACAUGGAUUCUCAUGUGAGGCAAGUGAUUGAUUCUCGAACAUCUCUGGUGAAAUACACCUUGGAUGUGGAAGAAUCAUGCCAAUGGAUCUCAUUAUCCCACAAUCAGCUAAAAACACUACAAUUCCCAUCUCCAAAUUGCCCUCUUCUCACGACCUUGUUGCUCAAUAACAAUGAUCGGUUGCAACAAAUCCCAGAUGAUUUUUUCAAGAACAUGACCAGACUCCGAGUCCUUGACCUUUCUUCCACAAGCAUCUCUUCCCUACCCUCGUCCAUGUCCUGUCUUUGUGAAUUACGGUUAUUGAAGCUUCGAAGCUGCCGCAUGCUAGAGACACUUCCCACGUUCUUAAAGGAUCUGCAGAAGCUUGAGAUCCUCGAUCUCCAUCAAACUCCACUGAUGAAGAUGGAGGAGGCAUCCUUCGACAACAUGCAAAGCCUCCGACGUCUCAACAUCUCAGGUGUUCACAACCUCAGGCGGCUCUCGCUUAAGGGUUGUCGCUCUCUACUGACUCUGGUUGGCCUGGAUGAACUUUUAACAUUGGAGGACCUUGAUUUUUCAGUCAGUGAUGCUAGUGUUUUCGAGUCUUUGGACCAAAGCUCCAAGCUGUGGACAUCCUUCUUUCUAAAAUUCCAUUUCUUGGUCUGUCCCUGCGAGGGAGGGCGCAAGGAUAUAUACGCUCGUUUUAAAAGAAACCGAUUUCUCUACCAGCGUGUUUAUGCUCGAUUUGAGCAGUCUUUGAGCUAUCAAAAACGUCUGGAGGUUUGUGGCGGCAAGAAUUCCCUGAACGGUAUUAGCGGAGUUCUCUCGGUGACAGAAUUCUUCCAUUUGUAUGGCAAUAUGUUCAUUAAGAAGCUGUCCGAUCUCAGCAUGGAGAUGGGCAACCUUAAAGAAUGCUGGAUUGAGAAAUGCCAUCAGUUGGAGUGUCUGAUCAUCGGAGGAACGGUGGGCGUUACUGCAGUGGGCUGUUUAGAAAAUCUAAGGGUCUCUGAUCUUGCCAUGUUAAGAACAGUGUGCUGGGGGAAGUUGGGAAGUGCGAGCUUCUCACGCCUAAAGCACAUGCAUUUGGAGUGUUGUCCGAAGCUCAUUUACUUCUUCUCUUCGAGAAUUCGGUUACAUAAUCUUGAAUUGCUAGAAAUAAAAUUCUGUUGUAGAGUAGAGAAGGUAUUUGAAGAAGAAAGCUUAGCGGGGCAAAAUGCAUUUCCACGGCUAGUCGAGUUCCGUCUUUGGGAGCUACGCAAACUGAAAAGCAUUUGCGGCGGGCACUUGCCGAUGCUGAAGAAGUUGAAGAUUCGAGGAUGCCCAAUGCUGGAGAAGCUUCCUCUCUAUAACACAAAUGCUUUUGUGGAAGAAGUCGAUAUCCAAGUGUGCCGAGGGGAGUUAGGAAGAGGGAGCUUCGCAUGCCUAAAGCACAUACAUUUGGAAUGUUGUCCGAAGGUCAUCAACUUCUUCUCUUCAAACAUUAGGUUGCAGAAUCUCGAAUUACUCGAAAUAAAAUUCUGUUGGAGACUGGAGAAGGUCUUUGAAGAAGACAGCGUCAUGGGGCAAAACGCAUUUCCGCGGCUAGUCGAGUUCCAUCUUUGGGAGCUACGCAAACUGAAAAGCAUUUGUGGUGGGCACUUGCCAAUGCUGAAGAAGUUGAAGAUUCGAGGAUGCCCAAUGCUGGAGAAACUUCCUCUCUGUGACACAAAUGCUUCUGCAGCAGAAGUUGAGAUCCAAGGUGAGCAGAAAUGGUGGGAAAGCUUAAAAUGGGAGGGCAGCAUCAAGCCACGCAACAUCCGCUUCAAAGAAUGGCGUCCGUCUACUAAUUGA